GCCCUAUGCGUGCGGGCUAUAUUAAAGGCCCAAUGAACUAGUUGGAUCUUCAGUUGAUGUUUUGAGUUUUGACAUCAUCCGCACUGUUCUUGUUAAACCCCUCAUUCCCAAACUUUUAGGGUUUUACGUUUUCCUUAUAAAGAAAAAAAUCCAAAAGAUCUCCCUUGAAUCCGAAAAAUGAUCACUACAUUACUCCGUCGAUCUCUCCUUGACGCAUCAAAGCCGGCGACAUCCAUUAAUGCGAUUCUAUUUCACCAACUUGCUCCAGCGGAAAAUUUUAGGGCUCCGGCGAUGGGAGGCUUGAGAGAUUUCAGCAAGAUGAUAUUUGAAAAGAAGAAAACGUUGGAGGAGGAGAAAAGAUCUGGUGAUGGCGAGAAGGCUAAUGAUCAAGGUAGUAACAAAUGGGAACAAUUAAUCGUUAGUUAUUGGGGCGUGAAGCCGAUGAAAAUCACCAAAGAAGAUGGAACUGAAUGGAAAUGGACUUGUUUUCGGCCAUGGGAGACGUAUAAAGCUGACCUGACGAUAGAUUUGAAGAAGCACCAUGUUCCUUCCACUUUACCGGACAAAUUAGCUUAUUGGAUGGUUAAAUCUCUUCGAUGGCCUACCGAUCUCUUCUUCCAGAGGCGGUAUGGAUGCCGAGCGAUGAUGUUAGAAACGGUUGCAGCGGUGCCAGGAAUGGUUGGAGGGAUGCUUAUGCACUUCAAAUCGCUUCGGCGUUUCGAACAAAGUGGGGGUUGGAUCAAAGCCCUUCUUGAAGAAGCAGAGAAUGAGAGAAUGCACUUAAUGACAUUCAUGGAAGUCGCGAAACCCAAAUGGUACGAACGAGCUCUUGUGAUCGCUGUUCAAGGCGUUUUCUUCAACGCUUAUUUACUCGGAUACUUAAUCUCCCCCAAAUUUGCUCAUCGUAUGGUUGGAUACCUUGAGGAAGAAGCAAUACAUUCUUACACCGAAUUUCUCAAAGAACUUGAUAAUGGUAACAUUGAAAACGUUCCUGCACCGGCUAUUGCUAUUGAUUACUGGAGGCUUGAAGCUGACGCAACGCUUCGUGAUGUCGUCAUGGUGGUUCGUGCUGAUGAGGCCCAUCACCGUGAUGUUAACCACUAUGCAUCCGAUAUUCACUACCAAGGUCAUGAGCUGAAAGAAGCUCCAGCUCCCAUAGGAUAUCAUUGAAUCAGAAGAGCACUUGAAGUGUUUGUAAUCAACAGGGUAUAACAACUAUUCUCAAUAUCUUUUACC